AUGGAGGGUUUCCUUCGGUCUCUGCUGCGUCAAUUAUGCGAGGACCUCCCCAAUGUCUCCCGAGCCGUCCCGGAUCUUGCGAGAAUCGUCACUAGCAAUGCUCAGCAACAAACUGAUCAUUCUUUUGCGAAGCCCUUACCUAUUGGUGUCUUGAGGACAGCACUCCUUGAAGGGAAUCGGAGCUGUUCACAUUUGAUGAUUCUGCUGGACGGUCUGGAUGAGUACGAGGGUGAACAGAGCGGACUCUGCAACUUCGUCAAAGCCCUGCAGGGAGACAAGAUCAAAAUUUGUCUUGCUAGCCGACCUGACCCACCCUUUCCGGAUGCCUUUGCUGGGCUACCUUCAUUCAAAAUGGAAGUUCUCAACUUCAAGGCUAUCAAAAUGUUUGGCCUACAUGUCCUCCAACAAUUCUUUUCUGAUCAGCGAUAUCUCCCGUCUAUUUUACUUACCUUAGCAGAUACCGUUGCACAAAGGUCACAGGGGGUCUUCCUGUGGGCAAGAUUCGCGAUAUUUGAGUUGAUUAAAGGACUCACCCGUGGCGAGAGGUUGGAAUCUGCCGCGUUGAUGCAAAGACUGGAAGAAAUGCCACCAGAGCUACAACAAAUCUACUCGCGCAUAUUCCAGCGCUGUCCUUCAGAUGAGGGAAAGCUGGCGGGCCUCCUUUCACUGCUGAUUUGCUACGGACUCAACACUGUCUCAUCAAGAAUGCUACAGAUCGCCAUCUCUUAUCUUCCGCCAUCCUCAUCACUGCGUCCCGACAGUGUCACACUCUUAGCUGCGCAAGGUGGUGAGAUUGAAUUCUUGAAACGUUUGUUGGUUGUAACGGGCGGCACAGUGGAAAUUCUCAAGGCACGAGUACGCCUUGACUCAAUUUGGUGGCUUAGCAGAGUGCCACGCUUGAUUCAUCGGACGGUGAGAACUUACCUGGACCGAGAUGGCUGGAAGGAAGUCCUUGGUGAUAUUUACAACUCAGCUUUGGGAGAUAAAACAUGUAUUGAAAUCUGUGCGCAGACGGUCGUGGAUAGGGAAUCGAAGAUGGCCUAUCUAUGGCCAAGAUAUCCUACAUUGGAGUGGGAUCUUUCUGCAGAAGCCACCGGCGACGAGUUUGACCAGCCAGGAUCUACCAACGAACAGCCACUGAACGAGCUGAUGGUGCAAGCUCUAUUACUAGACUAUGCCAGCCUCAAAAUACUCGACCAUGCUAGUCGCUACGAAAAGCCGUCGGCGACCUCGUCAUAUCCAUUAAUUGAGACGCUCGCCGAUUCUUUCUUUCUAGACUUGCAUCCGGACCCCCGUAACGAGUGUCUUCGUUGUCGAAGGCUCCGGCAUCAUUCGGAAGCGGACAACUUCAAGGUCGAACUUGUUCAUCUUGCUGCGGUUCAUGGCAUGGGUCGUUUUGUGGAAGACGUUGCGCGAGAGCUACAAGAGAGACAAGUGACAAAAUACUCCAAGGACAUUGUGCACAGAUUCCUCAGGAUGAUAUAUCCAAGCAAGGCAUAUGCUUCUGUGAAGGCUCUCAGAAUCCUCAAGAAGGCCGCCGUCAAGCCUCAGUUCUCGCUUAUAUGGGCGCUGGCAAUUCACGAUAUCCCCAACAGUGUCCGAUCGUGGAAUAUAUUGAAAUUACGGCAGCGAUCGGUUAUUGCUUACCCCAGCUCUUGA